CUAUGCGCAGGCGCAGUAGCGCUCUCCCCUGACAGUAAGAUGGCGCCCGUCAGUCCGCGCUCGACUCUGUUGACGUUUUUCAUUCUCAAUAUUUUUUACGGCUUCAUCACCGCCUUGUACUUCCACAUCGGAGAAACGGAGAAGAAAUGUUUCAUAGAAGAAAUACCAGAUGAGACGAUGAUUAUCGGCAACUAUAGGACUCAGCUGUACGACAAACACAAAGAAGAAUAUCUGCCAGCCACUCAGGGUCUGGGCAUGUUUGUGGAGGUCAAAGACCCCGAUGAGAAGGUGAUAAUGUCUCGACAAUACGGCUCCGAGGGAAGGUUCACCUUCACAUCUCACACGCCCGGAGAACAUCAGAUCUGCCUGCACUCCAACUCAUCUAAGUUCUCCCUCUUCGCCGGAGGCAUGCUGAGAGUCCACCUGGACAUCCAGGUGGGCGAGCACGCCAACAACUACGCCGAAAUCGCCGCCAAAGACAAACUAUCAGAACUGCAGCUGCGGGUCAGGCAGCUGGUAGAGCAGGUGGACCAGAUCCAAAAGGAGCAGAACUACCAGAGGUUCCGGGAGGAGCGCUUCCGCCAGACCAGCGACAGCACCAACCAACGCGUCCUGUGGUGGUCUAUUGUGCAGACCCUGAUUCUGGUAGCCAUCGGCAUCUGGCAGAUGAGACACCUCAAGAGCUUCUUCGAGGCCAAGAAGCUGGUGUAAACGCUCAUGUGUGUGCGAGUGCAACUUGGGGUGUGCUCCAAGUCUAUAAAGAGAUGCAGUAUGGUGCGGGGAUGCUGUGCACAAAAGUUACUUGAGACCAUUGCUAAUAUUUAUGAUUUCCUUUUGGACGGAAGUAUUUGGAUUAUCCAAUGAAAUGUGAAGCAGGCCCACGGCAUCGCGUACUGACUCCUAUUUCAAAAGUCGACGUUGACGACUUAAAGUCAUACAUUGUGCUGCAUGUGUGACAUCACAUGUGAUCACUGCACAUUUGAACUCAUGUCAAACUAUUUCAUUUUAGUGUUAUAAACCCCCCCUUCCAAAAAAAAGUAUGAGUUUUAACAAAUCAAAAGUGAAAAACGAGUUACUGCAUCUAGUGUGAAUGUCCACUUUUUGCUGUUUUUAGCGUGCUCGACAUUUCAGCUAUGCAGGAAGGAAGUUGAAUUUGUCAGUAGUGUGACACUGUCAUGUUUGUUUCUGGAUAUUUGUGUCAAAAUUUAAUUAAUGAAAAUACCGUUUUUUUGUGUUGUUCUACACAUCUUUAAAGGUUAGCCCAGUUUGGUUUUUAAGAGAAAAAAUUUCUUUUUAAAUAAUUUUGCUUCCAAUAAAAUUUGAUAUUAAAUGCACUGAUUCAAAAGAUGUUCAAAUAAAGUCUUAUACCCAUUCAA